GUUGGGUUGGCUUCGUUCGACUCGAUUACGACGUUACGCACGGCACGUCACUCAGUCGGUUACAGCUCUCGAUAGCUAGCGAACCGUACGCGCGGCGCACACGUGCCCGUAUCUAAACCACGCCGCUCUCGGUGCUUUUGCCCGCUUCACAUUAUUAUGUAAUACAAAAAUAAACCACGACAUUUAACGAGCACGUGUGCGCACCGGUCGUCCAACAAUCAAGCAUUUCCGACUCUACAUUAACACACCAAUUUUCGUGUAAACCCACGUUUCGGACAAAGUGAACUGUUUAUCCAGUAUUCCUGUGUUUGUGGUUGUGAAAAUGAAAUGUCUAACUCUGUGGAGCAACAGUUUGGCGAGCUCAGCCUUUCCCAGGACGAGCAUGAUCAAAUGUACGAUCAAGAUGAUCAGCAAGACAGCCGAUCCUCUAAAGUGCUGAUCAGCGGGCUGCCACUGCACGUUCGCUUCGACAACAUCGAGCCCCUUUUACUUCAAUACGGCAACGUGCAGCAUUGCGAUAAGGCGAACGCGCGCGAUGCCAACACCCAAGCGGUGUACAUCACGUUCGAAACGCCUGAGCAGGCCCAGCAGGCGAUAAAUUUGCUGAACGGGUUUGAGCUGGAAGGCAGCCGUAUGAAGGUGGAACCGGCGGAUGGUGGAGCACGUGGCGGCCGGCGCGGACGGCCGGGCGGUGGCCGUGGUGGCGGUGCCCCAGGUGCCGGGUCUAGGCCUACGGACUUUCCGCUGCGACUACUUGUCCAGAGCGACAUGGUCGGUGCGAUCAUAGGUCGCCAGGGCAGCACCAUUCGCCUAAUCACCCAGCAGAGUCGUGCUAGAGUGGACGUGCAUCGCAAGGAUAAUGUUGGCUCGUCGGAGAAGGCGAUCACUAUCUAUGGUAACCCGGAGAAUUGCACCAACGCUUGCAAGCGUAUCCUGGAAGUGAUGCAACAGGAGGCCAAUAACACCAACAAGGGUGAGAUUUGCUUGAAGAUCCUCGCACACAACAAUCUGAUCGGCCGAAUUAUUGGUAAAGGUGGUAACACAAUAAAACGCAUCAUGCAAGAGACUGACACAAAAAUAACUGUCUCCUCUAUCAAUGACAUCAACAGCUUUAACCUAGAACGCAUCAUCACGGUCAAGGGUUCCAUCGAAAACAUGGCGUAGGCCGAGUCACAAAUAUAUAUCUGCUAAGAUGCGGCAGAGUUACGAAAAUGAUUUGCAGGUGCUAGCUCCGCAAAGCAUUAUGUUCCCGGGACUGCACCCGAUGGCCAUGAUGUCGACUCGCUACUGCGGCGCCCCACCACCCUUCCCACCGCCCAUUUACGCGCCCCUUAGCGGCCAGGGCGGCGCUCAGCAGG